CUGAAUAUGCGUUGCUUGGCAGCUCGGGUCAACUACAAGACUUUGAUUGUCAUCUGUGCACUUUUCACAUUGGUCACAGUCCUGCUGUGGAAUAAGUGUUCCAAUGAUAAAACUAUUCAGUUUCCAAGAAACUGGAAUAAUGGCCUGAGAGCAGAUGGAUUAGAAAAAAGAACAGCUGCCUCUGAGAGUGACAACAGUGUGAACAAUGCAGCCAGACAGCAGCCUGAAGAAGCGUCUCCACAGGAGCAGCAGAAGGCUCCCCCUGUAGUUGGAGGCUUCAACAGUCAUGGAAACAAAAUCUUAGGACUCAAAUAUGAAGAAAUUGACUGUCUGAUCAAUGAUGAACAUACAAUUAAAGGAAGGCGAGAGGGAAAUGAGAUCUUCCUCCCCUUCACUUGGGUAGAGAAGUAUUUUGAAGUUUAUGGAAAGAUGGUCCAAUAUGAUGGCUAUGAUCGGUUUGAGUUCUCUCAUAGUUAUUCCAAAGUCUAUGCACAGAGAGCACCUUAUCACCCUGACGGAGUGUUCAUGUCCUUUGAAGGCUAUAAUGUGGAAGUCCGAGACAGAGUCAAGUGCAUAAGUGGUGUUGAAGGUGUACCACUAUCUACCCAGUGGGGACCUCAAGGCUAUUUCUACCCAAUCCAGAUUGCACAGUAUGGUUUAAGUCAUUACAGCAAGAAUCUAACUGAGAAGCCCCCUCACAUUGAGGUUUAUGAAACGGCAGAAGACAAGGACAAACACAGUAGGCCUAAUGAUUGGACAGUGCCAAAGGGUUGCUUCAUGACUAGCGUGGCUGAUAAGUCUAGAUUUACCAAUGUUAAACAAUUUAUUGCUCCAGAAACCAGCGAGGGUGUCUCUCUACUGCUUGGAAACACGAAAGACUUCAUUAUUUCUUUUGACCUCAAGUUCCUGACAAAUGGGAGUGUGUCUGUGGUUUUGGAGACCACAGAGAAAAACCAGCUCUUCACAGUACAUUAUAUUUCAAAUACUCAGCUGAUUGCUUUUAAAGAAAGAGACAUUUACUAUGGCAUUGGGCCCAGAACUAGUUGGAGCACUGUCACUAGAGACCUGGUCACUGACCUGAGGAAAGGAGUGGGUCUCUCCAACACAAAAGCUGUCAAGCAGACCAAAAUAAUGCCCAAGAAAGUGGUUCGGCUCAUUGCAAAAGGGAAAGGCUUCCUGGACAACGUCACCAUCUCCACCACGGCUCACAUGGCCGCUUUCUUUGCCGCGAGCCACUGGCUGGUCGCGAACCAGGAUGAGAAAGGCGGCUGGCCCAUCAUGGUGACGCGCAAGUUAGGGGAGGGCUUCCGGGCCCUGGAGCCCGGCUGGUACUCUGCCAUGGCGCAAGGCCAGGCCAUCUCGACCCUGGUGAGGGCCUACCUGCUGACCAAGGACCGCGCGUUCCUGGAGUCGGCUCUGCGGGCCACGGCGCCCUACAAGUUCUCGUCAGAGCAGCACGGCGUGAAGGCCGUCUUCAUGAACAAGUACGACUGGUAUGAGGAAUACCCCACCACGCCGAGCUCCUUCGUCCUGAACGGCUUCAUGUACUCCUUAAUCGGCCUCUACGACCUCAAGGAGACGGCGGGGGAGAAGCUGGGGAAGGAGGCCCGGCUGCUGUACGAGCGCGGCAUGGAGUCCCUGAAAGCCAUGCUCCCCCUGUACGACACCGGCUCGGGCACCAUCUACGACCUGCGGCACUUCAUGCUGGGCAGCGCGCCCAACCUGGCCCGCUGGGACUACCACACCACCCACAUCAACCAGCUGCAGCUGCUGAGCACCAUCGACGAGGCGCCCGUCUUCAGGGACUUUGUCAAGAGAUGGAAGAGUUACCUGAAGGGCAGCAGAGCCAAGCACAACUGAAGCUACGACCAAAGCGCGUUGCAGCCCUGCUGGCCGCCGGAACCAGCAGGCUUUACGG